AUGCCAGGAAUCAGAAUCGCCAUCGACCGUGGGGGAACCUUUACCGACGGAAUCGCCUUGAUCCCGAACAGCACAACCGGCAAAGACCAAGAGAUUGUGCUCAAGGUGCUAUCGCAAUGCCCCGACGAAUACGACGAUGCUCCAACCGAGUGCAUCCGGCAGAUCUUGGAGAUUGCAACCAACACCAAGAUCCCACGGGGCACGCCCUUGGACCUGGACAGCGUUGAGAGCAUACGCAUGGGCACGACCGUCGCCACGAACGCGCUCUUAGAACGAAAGGGCGAGCGAACGGCUCUAUUAAUUACCAAGGGGUUCCGUGAUCUCCUGGAGAUCGGGAAUCAGGCUCGCCCUCAUAUCUUCGACCUCUCGGUUCGCCGGAUGAAGAAGCUGUAUGAGACUGUCCUGGAGGUGGACGAGCGAGUCACGAUCGAAGGCUUCGCAGAGAACCCAGAGCCGCAGCCGAUAGACAUCAGCUCGGAUCCCCAGUUAACGACCGGGAUAUCCGGUGAGGCAGUCCGAGUCAUCAAGGUCCCUGAUUACGAGCUGGUCCGCAGGGACCUCACAGACCUAUGGGCCCAGGGAUACCGGACGGUAGCAAUUGCCAUGAUGCACUCGUACACCUUUCAAGACCACGAGCUCGGGAUUGCCAAAAUCGCGCGCGAACUCGGCUUCAAGCUCGCGGCGUCUUCGGAGUUGCAGAAGAUGGCCAAGAUUGUGCCCCGGAGCCAGUCGGCUGUUGUUGAUGCUUACCUGUCGCCAAUUACCGACAGGUACUUGGAGAGCUUUAAGAAGGGGUUCAAAGGGGGCCUCGAAGAGAAGCUCUUCUUGAAUCAGUCUGAUGGAGGGCUGACGACGUAUACGAAUUUCACCGGGCUCCGCGGCGUGCUUAGCGGUCCAGCUGGGGGAGUCAUUGGCGUGGCGAAGACAUGCUAUGACGAGAAAGAGGGAAAGCCUGUAUUAGGAUUUGACAUGGGAGGAACAUCAAGCGACGUCUGCCGCUACGCCGGGUCUCUUGAACAUAUCUUCGAGAGCACCAUUGCAGAAGUCACAAUCCAGUCACCACACCUCGACAUCAACACCGUCGCAGCCGGCGGCGGGUCAAUCCUCACCUGGGAGAACAGGUUAUUCAAGGUCGGCCCAGGCAGCGCAGGAGCGAAUCCCGGCCCGGCAUGUUAUGGGAAAGGCGGGCCGUUAACCGUGACAGACGCCAAUUUCUUCCUGGGGAGGAUCAUCCCGGAUCUGUUUCCCAGACCACUUGACUUUGCCGUUGUGCGGAAGAAGUUCGCCGAGAUGGCUGAGGCCAUUAACCUUAGCGGUGACAGCAAGUUCACGCCGGAAGAGGUGGCGAUGGGGUUUCUGCAGAUCGCCAAUACAACGAUGACGAGGCCGAUUAGAACGCUGAGUGAGGGCCGUGGGUUUGAGACCAGGGCCCAUGUUCUGGGUUGUUUUGGUGGUGCCGGUGGACAGCAUGCUGUUGCUGUUGCGCGGGACCUGGGGAUUCAACAUGUUGUUAUCCCUCGGUACUCGAGCAUCUUGUCGGCAUAUGGUAUGGCGUUAGCGGACGUUGUGGUCGAGAAUCAGGAACCGGAGACACAGGCUUUCUCAGACAGUGCGCUUCCCGCACUGCAGAGUCGGUUUGAACGGUUAUCAGAGAGAGGCCGAGAGGGACUUGCUUCGCAAGGAUUCAGUGAGGAGCAAGUGCGGCAUGAGUACUUCCUGAACAUGAGAUACCAGGGUAGCAAUACUGCCCUCAUGAUCGAAGGACAGCCCGGGAAACUAGCUGAUUUCGGUAACGCUUUUACAAGCCGCCACAAGCAGGAGUUCGGGUUCACGCAGCCGCGUGAUAUUGUCAUCGAUGAUGUUCGAGUACGGAGUAUCGGCAGCAAAGGAGCAGACAUCAAGCUGACCAAGCCGUUUGAAGAGCUCCGGAGGGUUCAGGCAUCGCCACCAGUGACCCCACAGAAGCCCCAGUCCAUGAGGAAAGUGUAUUUCGAGACCAGUGGCUGGACGGAUGCCGGGCUGUUCUUCCUCGGUGAUCUCCCGGUUGGUGCCAGGAUUGCCGGGCCCGCGAUGCUGGUCGACAAGACUCAAACAGUUGUUGUUGAUCCGUUCAGCGCGGCAACUGUACUCCCCGAGCAUCUGCUGCUGGAGAUUCUGGACGUCGACAAACCCAGACUCAACAGCGGGGUCGUAGAUCCAGUCCAGCUGAGCAUGUUCGGGCACCGGUUCAUGAGUGUGGCAGAGCAGAUGGGGCAGACAAUGCAGAAGACGUCCAUCUCGGUCAAUAUCAAAGAGCGCCUUGAUUUCUCGUGUGCCGUGUUCUCUGCGGACGGCGGGCUCGUGGCUAAUGCGCCGCACAUCCCGGGCCACUUGGGUUCCAUGUCCUACGCCAUCGCUUACCAGGCGAAGCUCUAUGGGAAAGGAGAGCUGAAGCCCGGCGACGUGCUGCUGAGCAACCACCCCUGUGCAGGCGGAACGCAUUUACCAGAUCUCACGGUUACGACACCCGUGUUCGAUGAGAACGAUCCGGAACGGAUCCUGUUUUUCGUGGCCAACCGUGGACACCACGCUGACAUCGGCGGCAUCCAGCCUGGGUCCAUGCCGCCGCAUUCAACGGAGCUCUGGCAGGAGGGUGUGGCUGUGGAGACCUUCAAGAUUGUGAAAGAAGGGGUCUUUGACGAUGCAGGCCUGCAUGAGAUAUUAGUUGACAUCCCCGGCUCGUAUCCAGGGUGCAGCGGUACAAGAACGCUGAAGGACAACAUCGCGGACCUGAAAGCAGCCAUUGCCGCCAACAACCGCGGGAUCGGUCUGAUUACCGCACUAGUCAGGGACUAUACAUGGCCGGUUGUUGAGUUCUAUAUGAAGGCUAUCCAGGACAAUGCGGCACAGUCUGUGCGGAACCUGCUCAAGGUCUUCGCGAGGAAGUUCGAGGGGCAGGACCUACAGGCAGUUGAUUAUCUGGAUGACGGCACGCCCUUGGCACUGAAAAUCAACAUCGAUCCAGAGACAGGCGAUGCAGUCUUCGACUUUGAGGGGACAGGACCAGAACACUACGGGAACCUCAAUUGCCCCCCGGCCGUCAUGCUCUCGGGAAUCAUGUACUGCCUGCGCUCCAUGAUCUCAACCGACACCCCGCUAAACCAAGGCUGUCUCGCCCCCAUCAAACUCAAACUCCCGCAAGACUCCAUCCUCUCGCCAUCCCUCAAAGCCGCAACCGUCGGCUCCAACGUCGAAACAUCCCAGCGCAUCGUCGACCUCAUCUUCAAAGCCUUCCAAGCAUGCGCCGCGUCGCAAGGAACAUGCAACAACCUAACAUUCGGAUACGGCGGUACGGAUCCCGAAACCGGCCGCGUCGUCAACGGCUUCGGAUACUACGAGACUAUAGCGGGUGGCUCCGGCGCCGGCGCCGACUGGGCUGGUGAAAGCGGCGUCCACACGCACGUCACGAAUACACGCAUCUCGGACCCCGAGAUCCUGGAGCAGCGGUACCCGGUUCUUCUGCGCGAGUUCUCCAUCCGACAGGGCAGUGGCGGGGGUGGUCUAAACAAGGGCGGCGACGGGUGCGUGCGGGACAUUGAAUUCCGCAUGCCGCUGCAGGUGUCGAUUCUGUCUGAGCGGCGGGUUAUUGCGCCGUAUGGGAUGGCCGGUGGCGAGGAGGGGAAGAGGGGCGUUAACUUGUGGAUGAGGAAGGAUGCUCACGAUGGCACGGUGAGGACGAUUAGUCUUGGUGGGAAGGCGACGGCGAAUAUGAACGCGGGUGAUCGGAUCGUUGUGCUUACGCCUGGGGGUGGUGGGUACGGGAGGGAUCCGGGGAGGGUUGAGGGCAGGCAGGUCUUUGGGGCGUUUAGGAUCGGGGAUCGGGCUGGGGUAGAACGGAUGGGGAUGGGUGGUGGGAGUGUUAAGGAGAGGGAGGCUGUUGCUGUUAGCAAUUAG